AUGAGUGAAGAUCGACGAGAACUCUUCCAAGCAUUAAAAAAUGUAAAAGUAGACAUAUUUGGACCAGUACUCCAGAGUGUUGCUCCGCAGCGCAUCAAAGUUUGCUUAAUCGAGGGCUUAGAAGGCAAAUAUACUACAGUGGACAUGCGAAAUGAAUCGUUCGUGUAUGGAAAAAUAAUGCAAGCGGAUGGAUUCAUGAAUCUUGUUAUGUCUGAUGUUACAUACGUUGAUGGUCGUGGAUCAGAAUACAACUUUGAUUCUUUUUUUGUACAUGCAAGGAAUAUUCGCUAUAUUCAUAUUCCGACAGAGUUACUUCACGACCAGUUUUCGAGUUAUCUUAAAUUAGCGGGUUUUUGUCGGCUGACUCCUUGUUAACAUUUCCAUGUGCUCCGUGUGUAAAUUCUGAGUCAGCUGUCGUAGGCAUAGGAGUGAGCUGGGCGCGAGACAUUAGCAUAGAUUACACCAAGUUAAUAUGCAAAAUAAACUUUCGUGUAAAUUUGCUCAAAGUCUGAACAAGCUCAGGGCAGCUAAAACCUUUACUAAGCUUAUCAGUUCGUGGGAACUAGCAGCGCUUGGGAAAUUUCAGCACCUGCAGAUAAGAGCUAAUACGGGGUAUUGCCAUGAAAUGCAGUCAAACCUGUUGCAAAACGAGUCGCGAUCAUCCAUAUACUGUAAGCGUUUACUUUCCGAGAUGAAUGAAGCAAAAACUACGCUAGUGAAAACUGGUGAAGUUUUUCGUUUAAACGAUUAUGAUUGUGUGGGUUUUGAUUUGGACAAUACAAUAUGUAGGUAUAAGUUGAGUGAAAUGGUAAAACUCGAGUACGAUAUCUUAUCGCAAUACCUGGUAAAAGAAAAGGGUUACAGUAAGGAGUUUUUGUUGAAACCUAUUGAAGAUGAUAUGAAUUUUGUUCAGAAAGGACUUGUUCUUGAUUUUGCACAAGGUAAUGUGCUACAGAUUAACAGCAGUGGGUAUGUAUUGAAAGCUAGUCAUGGCACAAAGCAUUUGAGUAAUGAAGAAAUCGUCCAGGUAUACGGUGAAGAUCGACGUUGGGGAGUUGCAACUGAGUUUACAAGGAAUAUGCUGGAAGCCUGGAAUGGCCCAUUGUCUGAAAAAAUUAGAACUUUACUUGACUACUUUGACAUGCCUGCAUCACUGGUUUUUGCAAGACUUGUUGAUUCACUGGAUGCAAAUGGCUAUAAACAAAAUAUUUAUAAUGUGUGGCCUGAUAUUCUUGAUGGUCUCAUAUACAUGUUUCGUCGAGAAAACUUCAUGGAGAAUACUGGAGAAUAUUUUCCAGCAAUGAAAGCACAUCCUCUUAAGUUUAUUAAUCAAUGUAGUGAUGAUGUGUUGAAUUGGUUGAAGUUGGUUAAAAAAGAAAAGAUAACCUUUCUUAUUACUGGUUCACAUGUAGAUUUUGCAUCAUUUGUGGCAUCUACAUCAAUGGGAGACAACUGGCGAAAUUUAUUUGAUGUUGUUGUUUGUUAUGCUCGAAAGCCAGGAUUCUUUACUGGUGGAAGACCAUUUGUGGCAAUUGAAGGAAUGAAUGAAGGUGAACCAUUGAAAGGAACAGAUUUAAAAAUUGGGAACAUAUACAGCCAGGGCAAUUGGCAAGAUUUGUAUGGGCUUUUCAGCAAAGUUACAGGAAAACAACGUCCUAAAUGUGUUUACAUUGGUGAUAAUCUAAUUCAAGAUAUUUACACACCAUCAGAGUUCACUGCAUGUGACACAGUUGCUGUUGUAGAAGAAAUGCUCGCUGAAGGAAUGUGUGGAUGCGAAACCUGUCAUAUAGAUGAAUCUGUCCUUGUUUCAAAUGUUUGGGGAUCGUAUUUUAGUUCUACAACUGGUUCUGAUGGUGGAAAAAAUAAGGAUUUUUCUAUUUGGGCAGACAUAAUUAGGAAACACUCCAAGUUAUGUGUGCCAUCUUUGGAAGUUAUGUCUCAACAUCCUUUGGAUUAUGAUUAUCCUGCAUUUGUCUUGGAUGAUGCUAAACGGGAUAAGCAGUCAGGCUAUUAUCCUAAUAAACCUGUACACUUGAAAUUUAGUGACGAUCCAUAAGUAUAGUGGAAAAAAAUUGUUAAUGUAGUCAUAAAAUGUGCCAUUUUAAUUGUAUGACCAAAGGAAAUUAUUCUACACAAACAUUUUGUUAUUGUGUAUCUGCCCUUAAAUGGUGAUAAUUUAUUUGCAUGUUACAUUCCUUAAUGAUUUUAAAAAUAAUUUUUAUGAAAUUUGUUCCACAGCUGGACUAAUUCUGCUGUUUUAGAGUAAUAAGCAAAGAUUAGGAACAAUUUUCUUGUUGUAUAUAGCUAAUUAAUUUGAUGCACUGUUUAAUAUGAGAAAGUCUAGUCGUUGGAAUUAGUCAUUUGCAGUUACUGUUGUAUAUCUAAAUUUUAAUAUAAGAAGACAAUUUUGUGUAAUGAAAACUAAGACAUUCGUUAGUGUUAGUUUUCUUGGCUGUGUAAUGCAUGUGAACUGAUUGUAUUAAUUACAUUUUUUAUUGUUCAGCUCUCCAUUAUUCAGACAAUAAAUGAACAGCUGCAGAAGAUGAAGCGCACAGUGAAACCUGAGAGACAGCAAGUAUCGAAGAAAGUUCUUCAGAGGCAUACAGAGACCUUAAAAAUGAUUUAUGGAGAUACAAAAUAAAAUAUAUUACCCAUAUGGAGAAAAGUUCAAUAUAUGUUGAAUGUUUUUAUGUAUUUUAAAAAUGGUUACAAAAUGUUUGCUGUCAUUCCUUACCCAAACAAAACAAAAAUGAUUUCCCAGUAGCGUCAUAUUGAUAAAACGUAAUGUACAAUGCCAGAGAAUAUUUUGUCUCUACUUUACAAAAUAUAAAUUGUCUGUAAAUUAACUUAUAUGAAAUCAGGGACCGAUAAUAGGGAAGAAAUUAGUAUUUUGCCAAUGCAGUCAGUGGAGAAUGUAAUUUUGUUUCAUAAAAUGGUUAUUCCUCAAUUAAAUACAGGAUCUCUUCUAUAUACAGUUAGGGAGCCUUGAGCAAGUGGGUGUUAAAUCAUUUUUUGAUUUUGAAUUGUAUAGUGAAAACAAGUUACCUGGAAGCUAUCAAGGAUAUGACUGGAUGAAAAGCACAGUAUUUCGCAAACUAUUUUGUGAAAAAGGUGCUCAUUUAAUGGCAGCCCCAAAAUGUAAUGGUUAUAUCCAAUCUCUUUCCUUAAUGCUAAGAGCAGUUAAUUGAAGUUGAUAAAAUGUAUUAUAUAUAAUGAAAUUGUAACAACUUUUAUGAAGCACAACAAUUUUAUUAAAAAAAUAUAAAUUGCUAUUAACUUUUGUAUAUAUAAAACCAGUCAAACCACUCGCAUAUUUUAAAUCAAAAUUAUUUUUGUUAUUAAUGUAGUAAAAGAAUGGGUACAAUUAGUUGAAUUAUUAUUAAUUAAUUAAAAAAACUACUGUCUUACAUAUAUAACCUUCUGUCAGAAGAAAAUAUCCUGAAAAUAGUGUUUCUUGUAGUAGAGUUAACAUCUUGCAUUGAGCUGUUAGUCUUCCAUGUCAAUAUUAAGUUUUCUCUCUGUGACUUGACACUUUACACAAAAAUGUUAAUAUUUUGUACCUCUGUUAGUUUAAAAGCAUAGAAGAUACACGAAUAAUAGAGCGUGUAUAUAAAGAAUAUAAAAAAUUGCAGAUGCUUAAGGGGGAAAAAAAGAUAUAUGCCAAUGCACAAAACCUCCAAUAUUUCCUUUAGUGGUUUUCAGAGCUCUUCAAUUGUAAAUGGUAUUCUGGCCUCAUAAAUUGUUGUAAAACAUUAAUUUUUAUAUUAUCUUUUCAUCUUAUGUUAAUGAGAGGCUUAACAGCAUUUAUUUUAAUGGAAAUUUACUUAUAGGAGGAUAAUGAGAUAGGAUGUUCAAGAGUGUUUUUUGUACAUGGUAAAUAUCAGGAGUUUAUGAAAUAUUGUAAUUAAAUUAAUAUGAACUGAAAUAGAAUCAACAUUCAGAAGUCUGGUAAAUUUAUUACUAUAAUGUAAUUGGGAAAAUACCUUAGAUUGUCAUUCAUUAGAGAAAAGAAUAAAGAUUACAUGUAGUUACAGAAAGGAUAGUUUUGGAAAAGGGACCCCCCCCCCUCCCC